AUGGGUACUACCGUCGACUCAUCACGCAUUGUGGGAGGCAUAGAUGUCCUGCCAGGUUAUGGGGCCUGGGCUGGCAUUGCCAGUAUCCGCCCCGUCUGGAGACCACCUCUCUCUGUACAUGUCUGUGGAGGGACCCUCAUCAGCGCGAAAUGGAUUCUCUCAGCAGCCCACUGCUUUGAAAACAUCUCAAUUCCCUUCAGCGAGUGGGCCAUCGUGCUUGGGGCCACCUCGUUGAGCCAGUCAGUCCCUGAUGUGGAAGUGCGCCGGAUUAAGCGGCUGAUCAUACACGAAAAAUAUAAUUCUAUGCCUGUGUAUAACGACGUCGCCUUGCUGGAGUUGGACAGGCCAGUACAGUGCAGCUCCUCUAUUCAGACCGCCUGCCUGCCUGGUCCUUCAGUGAAAGUGUCGGAGCUGAAAAACUGUUACGUUGCUGGCUGGGGUGACAGAAUUGUAAAAUCCACAGGUAAAGAUAUCCUGCAGCAGGCCAAGGUCCACGUCGUGGAUAACCGGCUCUGCAACAGUAGCGAUUGGCUGCCAGGGUACAUCUUUGACUUCAACGUGUGUGCUGGGCAAGGCGGCGUUGGCACUUGCCAGGGUGACAGCGGGGGGCCUCUUGUCUGCCAAGAUAAGAGUGGUGACUUUUUCUGGCAAAUUGGUGUGACCAGCUGGGGAAUAGGCUGUGCUAGACCUAAACGGCCUUCAGUCUUCAGCUCCACUCAGUACUUCUACAACUGGAUCCGGAGCACCAGCAGUUACUCCAGCACCAGCGCCAGCCUACACCUCAACCCCUCUGCAGACAUUACCUCCAAGUACAACACAACCCUGUCCAUUUCCACGUGA